UCACUCGCUAUAAAGCCUUUUGCCGGUGAGUUGACCCACCACACAGUGUACCUGGUAGCGUACAGGAGCUCUACCCCAAAGCGAGCAAGCGGACGACGACCCAUUUUUUACAAUGCAAACUGUUGCGCUUUCGGUGGCCAUCGUGUGCCUGCUGGCCGGUGCCGUGUACGGCGGGCUCAUGUUCGACCGUCCCUGCCCGACCAACGUGCCAGUGAAGCAGUACUUCGAGGUGGACAGAUACCUCGGCAAGUGGUACGAGAUGCAGCGCUACGAGAGCGUGUUCGAGGAGAACUUUGACUGCGUGCAGGUGCGGUACACGCCGAACGAGGACGACUCGGUGCAGGUGUCCAACUCGGCCUACAACCUGUUCAACGGAUCGUCGAUCAAUGCGCUCGGCCGGGCGGUGCUGUCCUUCCCGGACGAGGAGGUCGUGCAGGGCAAGCUGAACGUGUCCUUCUUCGGUGCACCAAAUGAUCUAUCGAACUACUGGGUGCUGGAUACGGAUUAUGAGACGUUUUCGGUCGUUUGGAACUGUCAACCGCGUGGCGAGGAGCAGUCGGAGGAAAGCUUCUGGGUGCUGUCGCGAACGCCAACGCUGCCCGCCGACACGGACGUGCUGUUCCGCAUACACUACAUCAUGCGGCGGUACAUCGAUCGUAGUCUGGUGCGAUUCACCAGCCAGCUUGACGAACGGUGUCCUGUGUUUUAAGGGUGAUCUUCUCCAGUUGGAUCAAAAGUGGAUAUAAACUUACCAAUUAACUGUACAAUCCAACGUCUGUUUUUGGACAAUAAACCAUAAUCAGCUACGUUUUA